AUGAUUGAAUUCGUUCUCUUUACAUCGCUCCUCGCUCCCGUACCGGCAGCAGCACUCUUCAACAUCGCACCACAGACAGUCGUUCAAUUCUCCGACUCUACAUUCGCCGAGAACAUCGGAGUGCGUUCCAAUGGCCACAUCCUCGUCUCUGUCCUCAGCGAACCUACUCUCUAUGGCAUCGACCCUACCGGCCCAAACUGGACUGCAGAGCCCAUCCACCACUUCCCCAACGCCACGGGCGUAGCAGGCAUAACCGAGAUCGAUGACGACGUCUUUGCCGUCGCCUCCGCCAUCGGCCCCAACGUGAGCUUCCCUCGCAUCUGGAAACUCGAUUUCCGCGGCGAUACUCUAAACGUUGCCGAAAUCGGGGAUGUACCAGGCAGUACGUCAAUCCAUGGCAUCGCAGCCCUGCGUAAAGGCAACAGUCCCGCUACCGCCAUCAUGCUGGCUGACACGGGCGUUGGUUCCAUCCGGUGCAUGGACCCAGCAACCGGCACUGUCGAGAGCAUUGUGACCUCGCCGCUCUUCGCCCCCAGCAACACCAGUACCGCGCUGGGGAUCAACGGGGUCAAAAUGUUCGGCGCAAGCCUCUACUUCACAGGUUCAGCCAGCGGGACCUUCGGUCGCGUUCCUCUCACCCGCGACGGCUACAGCGCCGGGGAGAUAGAAGUGCUCGCCACAUUGAACCGCAGCAUCGCCUCGUUCGACGACUUCGCCAUCAACUCCAACGGCCUCGCUUUGUUCGCCGCGCACAGGUAG